CAAACGAAAAGAUUGAAGACAUCAAUGGCUGCCCAAAAAACAGAUCUCAAAUGAUUGAAAACAUAGAUGCGUGCCUCAGUUUCCUGGCUGCAAAAGGAAUUAACAUCCAGGGGCUGUCAGCAGAAGAAAUCAGGAAUGGGAAUCUGAAGGCCAUCCUGGGCCUCUUCUUCAGCCUGUCUCGCUACAAGCAGCAGCAGCAGCAGCCGCCGCGCGCGGGGCCUCCCGCUCCGGCCGCCCUCCCGGCGCAGGGCCCGGCACCACAGCAGCACCCGUGCAAAGCACAGCCCGAAAUGCAGUCCAGCGAGAACUCUUGUGCUUUGGGUGCCCAUGUGAACGCUCCUCCUCGAGAGGAAGCCGUGGUUCUGAGAGUGCUCUCCCUCCUGCGCGCCGGGCGUUCCCCGUACGCAGGGGUGCCGACGGCGAGCGCUCGCGUCAGGCUGGCGCCCUCCACGCUGCCCUGCGCCCGUGCUCCUCCGGGCUGCUGCCCUGCCCGCUGGUACUCCUGUGAGAUACCCAGGCCUGAUACCAAAACCAAAUCAGUCACACUGGAACUUCCAGGCCCUACCGUGAGGGUGUCUGCUGCAGGCAGUGAGGCCAAAACUCGUGGUUCUCUUAGUGCCAACAACCGACGCAGCCAGAGCUUUAACAAUUAUGACAAAUCCAAGCCUGGAAUUUCCCCCUCAACAUCAACAAGUAGCAACGAGAAAGACUCUGCAGACGGUGCAGCCCCCCAGCCCGCAGGAAUGAAUGAAAAUGUCUGCUCCUCAGUCCAAAGCUGCAGCAGUGCUCUUGGUUGCACCAACUCCUCAGCCAUCCCUCAGCCCAGCUCUGCUAUCAAACCCUGGCGCAGCAAAUCCCUUAGUGCUAAGCACACAGCUACGUCUUCCAUGUUAUCUGUAAAGCAGCCGGGGUCAGAGCCUCCGAAGCCAUCUUUGGAAAUGGUCAAAACGGCUCCCAACGGCCAAAAAUCCAUGCUGGAAAAAUUAAAACUCUUCAAUAGCAAAGGAGGCUCCAAAGCAGGAGGGACAGCGCUCGAGUGCCCAGGGUCUCAGGAGAACGGCUGUGAAAAGCUCGAGGUGCUCCCGAGCUUCGAGGAAAGUGAAGAAAUUGAUGCCCCAACCCAGAAUGUGAACAACCCAGGACCAAUGUCCAGCAGUCCCAAAAUUGCACUCAAGGGAAUUGCACAAAGAACUUUUAGUCGGGCACUGACUAAUAAGAAAAGUUCUCCAAAGGGUAACGAGAAGGAUAAAGAGAAGCAGAAAGAGAAAGAAAAGGAAAAAAGUAAAGAUACUGCAAAAAGAACAUCCAUCACUGAAAAGCUGGACAUCAAAGAGGAGCCGAAAGAAGAACAGACAGCACUAGCAACAACAGAGAUGCCAAAAAAGUCCUCAAAGAUUGCAAGCUUUAUCCCUAAAGGAGGAAAGCUGAAUAGUGCCAAGAAGGAGGCCUCUGCCCCUUCACAUAGUGGAAUACCAAAACCAGGAAUGAAAAACACCACAGGGAAAUCCUCAAGUGCCCCAGUGUCUGCAAAGGAAAGUGAGAGGAGCCGCAGUGCGAAACCUGGCUCAGGCCUCCCUCAUCAGAAGACCCAGCUGGACAGCAGGAACUCCAGUUCCUCCUCGAGCCUGGCCUCUUCCGAGGGAAAAGGAGGGCUCCACAGCAGCAGCAGCAGCCACGCUGUCAACGGCACCGCCACGCAGACGACGGGCAGCAACACUGUGAGUGUUCAGCUACCUCAUCCCCAGCAGCAGUACAGCCACCCCAACACGGCCACGGUCGCCCCGUUCAUGUACAGGUACGGCUGCCUGCUCGGAGCGUGGGGGUCGCACAGGGACCGGCAGCGGUGA